CGCCCCGCGUCCCGGACGCCCCUGGUUCCUGCUCACAGCACUGUCUUCAGCCAUGGCCUUGGGCUUCCGUUGCUUCCGCUGCGUCCACCCUGCCCUUUACAGCUCUCUUGCAGCCUUCACCAGACCUAUUUCAGAAGUUACGCUGAAGACAGUGAACACAAGUCAAAAUGACCUUAGGCAGAACAUAACUUGCCCAGCUGUACCCAGCCGCCAUUUUGCUACCAAGAAAGCCAAAGCCAAAGGGAAAGGACAGCCCCAAACCAGAGUGAAUCUUAACACUGCUUUGGUUGAAGAUAUUAUCAGCCUGGAAGAGGUGGACGGAGAAAUGAAGUCUGUGAUAGAAGCGCUCAAGGAUACAUUCAAUAAAACUGUCAACAUAAGGACCUCGCCAGGGUCCCUUGAUCAUAUCACCGUGGUCACUGCAGAUGGGAAACUUGCGUUAAAUCAGAUUGGCCAGAUCUCCAUGAAGUCUCCCCAGCUAAUUCUGGUGAAUAUGGCCAGCUUCCCAGAGUGUACAGCUGCAGCUGUCAAGGCUAUAAGAGAAAGUGGAAUGAAUCUGAACCCAGAAGUGGAAGGGACGCUUAUCCGGGUUCCCAUUCCCAAGGUGACACGAGAGCACAGGGAAAUGAUGGUGAAACUGGCCAAGCAGAGUACCAACAAGGCCAAAGACUCCCUGCGGAAGGUUCGUACCAAUGCGACCAAUAAGCUGAAGAAAUCAAAGGACAAGGUCUCCGAGGACACCCUCAGGCUCAUAGAGAAACAGAUCAGCCAAAUGGCCGACGACACAGUUGCUGAGCUGGACCGACAUCUGGCAGUGAAGACCAAAGAGCUCCUUGGGUGACAGAGUCAGAGGCAGGCGGUGCUCCAGAGCCUGCUUUCAGCGUGUCCAGGGUUGGCAGACGGCCCCUCUCUCCCCAUCCACGUGGGAGACCAUUGCCAUGUGGCCAGUCCUUGGGAGUCCCAGCCUUCUUUUACCACCUCAAUCGUUUUUUUGGGGGGUUUGGGUCACACCUGGUGGUGCUCAGGGGUUCCUCCUGGCUCUGCGCUCAGAAACUGCUCCUGGCAGGCUUGGAGGAAACAUGCAGGAUGCAGGGGAUCCUACCCAGGUCAGUCCUGCGUACAAGGUCAGCUGCAUACAAGGCAAACUUCCUACUUGCUGUGCCAUCACUCUGGCCCCUGUGGUCUAAGAAUUUCUCUGGUCAAAGAAUUUCCAUUUCACACAGGAGGACCUUGAUUCGGUGCACUUGCCAGGCAAGCUGGACAUUUAGCAGGACAUUUAGCACCACCGGCUGCUCAUUCCUGGACCCUCCUCUUCCAGUCAUUCAGGCCCAUCCCCAACUUUGAACGCUACUUAGGGUUUUGGGAUAAUGUGAAUUUUUCUUGUGGGUGGAGACCUUUGGUGGAAGUUCGUAUACCUGGAGAUAAAAUCUAAAUAAAUUAGAGUCUCAGCCACAAAGGAAAAAAAAAAAAAAAAGAAAAA